UGUAGGUUAGCAUUAUUUAGAAGACAAAUCGUUUUGUUCUCAAAAUGGCGACUCCCGAUGUACUCAACCCUCCUUCCAUGUACCGGCUCAGGCCAUUAUUUGAUAUAAAGAAGGUGAAGCUCCCAGACUGUAUGUACCUACUAAAACCCCUUCACCUGCUGCCCAAUGCAGCUGUCUCGUCUGAGGGUACUGGCUCUGCACUGAGCUACCUGGAGCAGAGACAGGAGUGGGUAUUGGGCCAGAUCACCAACCUUCAGGAUAGGGUUAAGUCACUGGCACAGCAGUUUGGGAUAGGGCCGGACCAGGUUGGAAUUCUGCAACAAGUGAACAGUGAUGUGUCGUACCAGGACGUGGUGGUGAGCUGCCCCACUUCCUCCCCUCCUUAUCUCCUGGCAGCGCUCUACUGGUACCUCUCCACCACUUCUCUCCCCUGUUCCUGCAGCAUACAUGUGCACUCCUCUGCUACUAGCACCGUGACUGAGGACCUCAAGAGGUUCUUUGACGGGCUACCCUCCUCCAACAAGUCUAAAUUCAAACUGACUCUCAUAUGGAAGUCAGAGUCUGUCUGCCCCUCUGCUACAAUGGUAGUCUCCCCUCACAACCAGACACCAGUGGAAGGUCUUGCAAAUAUCGCUCGCUACAUUUGUCGUCAGUACUGUCCUGCACUGUACGAGGACCAAGGCCCUAUGGCAGCAUCUCAAAUGGACAACUGGCUCGAAGCAAUAAUUGGAACACUGUUUCGAGGCAGCUCGAAAGAGAAGGCAUCGGUGAUUCGAAAAUUGAACUCCCAUGUUGGUUCAUCGAGCUUUCUUGGAGGUGAUCGCGUUUCCAUUGCAGAUAUCAUCUCGUACAGUGUGUUAGCCAGUCUCGAUGGUGUGAAACCGACUUCAAAUGUCAAGAAAUGGUUGAAAAGAGUAGAGAAUUCAUUUCCCUGUUUGAAAAUCAUUCCCUUCACCAGCUUCAAAUUGGAAUAAACAUUCAGUGACUGUGUAUAGUUAGAAUCAAUCUAUAAUCAAACUUCACUGAAUUAUUUGUUUGUGUGGGAAUGUAUUUGCUUUUUUGGAUACUAUAUUGGAUUCAUGCUUGACUUUC